CGCGGGCGGGCCGGGGGCUGCGCUGCCGGGGAGGGUGGUCUGCAAGGAGGAGGAGGAGGAGAGUGGGGGAGGGUCUGGACACUUGGGCUGGAAGUUGGCGGCGAGAUGGGGAACGAGCGCUGGAAAACCAUGGGAGGAGCCUCGCAACUUGAGGACGGGCAGCAGGAGAAAUCGCAGAGGAUGAGCUGUGGGUACAUCCUGUGCACGGUGCUGCUCUCGGUGGCCGUCCUCCUGGCCGUGACAGUCACGGGGGCCAUCCUCUUCAUGAACCACUACCACACGCCCGUCACCGAGUCGCCCCCUGUCAUCAGCACCAACCCCGAGGAAGCCAACGCCCUGGUGACCAUCGAGCGAGCGGACAGCUCCCGCAUCAACAUCUUCAUCGACCCCAACUGCCCCGACGCGGCGGGCACCCUGGGGCGCCUGGAGGGGCUGCAGACCUCCCUGCUGCACACCCUCACCGACCACGACGCCGAGGCCAAGGCCACCAAGAGCCAGCAGAAGGCCCUGCUGGUCACGGUGGCCGACGAGGUGGCCAAGCUGCUGACACACGCAGCGCAGCUCCGCAGCGACUGCGACAGCCUCAAGAAGGGGCACAGUGCCAUGGGGCAGGAGCUCAGCGCCCUGCAGGGAGAGCAGGGCAGGCUCAUCCAGCUGCUCUCCGAGAGCCAGACCAACAUGGCUCGGCUGGUCAGCUCCGUCAGCGACGUCCUGGACACGCUGCAGAAGGACCGCGGUGGUGCCCGGCCCCGGCUCAAGGCUGAUCUGCAGCGGGCACCGGCCAGGGGAGCACGGCCCCGGGGCUGCUCCAACGGCUCCCGGCCCCGGGACUGCUUUGACAUCUACACGAGUGGACAGCAGGAGGAUGGGAUCUACUCCAUCUUCCCCACCCACUCCCCCUCGGGCUUCCAGGUCUACUGCGACAUGACGACCGACGGCGGGGGCUGGACGGUGUUCCAGCGGCGGGAGGACGGCACCGUGAACUUCUUCCGCGGCUGGGAAGCUUACCGGGAUGGCUUCGGGAAGCUGACUGGAGAGCACUGGUUAGGGCUGAAGCGGAUCCACCUGCUGACGGUGCAGGGCAGCUACGAGCUGCGCAUCGACCUGGAGGACUUCGACAACGGCACCGCCUUCGCCCACUACGGCAGCUUCGGCGUGGGGCUCUUCUCCGUGGACCCCGAGGAGGAUGGGUACCCUGUCACCAUCGCCGACUACUCGGGCACAGCAGGUGACUCCUUCCUGAAGCACAAUGGGAUGAAGUUCACCACCAAGGACCUGGACAACGACCACUCGGAGAACAACUGCGCAGCUUUCUACCACGGGGCGUGGUGGUACCGCAACUGCCACACCUCCAACCUCAACGGGCAGUACCUCAGGGGCCACCACAGCUCCUACGCCGACGGCAUCGAGUGGUCCUCCUGGACCGGCUGGCAGUACUCCCUCAAGUUCACCGAGAUGAAGAUCCGGCCUGCCCGGGAGGAGAAUUAGCUGGAUGGCAGCAGCCCCCCAGCCCCUGCCCAGCCCCCUGCCCUUCCCCAGCACCCCACCGCCCUGUCCCCUCAGAUGCCAUCCUCGCCAUCCUCCCCAAGGGCUGGCCCAUCUUUGAGGGGCCCCUGGGGAGCACCUGCUCCUGGUGAUUUAGCUCCCAGGCACCCAUGAACAUCACCAGCCUUGGCUUCCUACUGCCAUGGCUCCUGGGCACCCAUGAACAUCACCAGCCUUGGCUUCCUACUGCCAUGGCUCCUGGGCACCCAUGGACAUCACCAACCUUGGCUUCCUACUGCCAUGGCUCCUGGACACCCAUGGACAUCACCAACCUUGGCUUCCUACUGCCAUGGCUCCUGGGCACCCAUGGACAUCACCAACCUUGGCUUCCUACUGCCAUGGCUCCUCUGCAGCCACAAUGAGUCUCCUGGUCAGAGUCUGCCCCUCAGCUGGUGCUCACAGCUGCAGCAGGCAUCUGGGGAGCAGUGCCCAGCAAGGAAGAGAAGUGGCUGCCUGGAGAGAGGAAGGAAGGGAUGCAGCAGGCCAGGCACCUCCAACUCAUCUUUACUUCAGACACAGAUGCCCAGCAGUGACCUCACCCAGCUGGCAAAGGACUGGGAGACCCUUGCUGUGGGGAGCCCCACAGAGCCCCUAGAACUGGGCUGAGGCGGCUGCUCCACAGUUCCAGCUCAGCCCAUGGUGCUACUGGGGCUGGGGAGGGCUUGGCAGGGCUGCAGCCCGUGCAGAGCCCAGGCUGUGCCAGGGACUCCUCCUCUGGUCUGUACAGUGCUGCCCUCAGCCCCUGCAAGGGCAGCGCAGCUGGGAAGGGACAGCUGCAAACUCUUCUGUCCCUGUCGGGGCUCCUGGAGCAUCCCAGCAGGUUGGUUGGGACAACCCAAAGCAAGCCAGGGUGGUGCUGCAAAGACACACAGCCAGGACCCAGCAUGGCCUGGAGCUGGUUUGGCAGUGCUGGGGAAACAGCAAGCAGAGCGAGGAGGAGGAGGAGGCAGCGAGGAAGGUUCACUUCCCAGCACGGACCUGCCUGCACUCCACAGCUCCUCCCUCUUGGAUUCACUUCGGACUUGCACCAUCCAAAAGCUGUGACCUGUCCUGUGCUGAAAGCCUUGGCCCUGGGCACCUCAGCCAUGUGCCCCUGCCCGCCCCCGCGCUCGCCCCCAGCCUGGGCACACACUCUCAAUUCCAGCCAGGAGGAGCCAGGCUCUGGCUCAGCACCUGCAGAGAAUUCCAAGCUUUUCAUUUCUCCAAAUCUCAUUAAGCUUUUGCAAAAAGCAGCCCUGAGAGGGGCUUAGCAUCUGCAGGGCCCUGAUAACUGGGCAGCAGGCGAUGCCUUGUGCCAGCCAGCCCGAGCAGGAGCUGCCAUGGCUCUGGAGCUGCCUGCAAGGACUCAGCUGGGGGAUUUUGUCCCCCAAAAAACCCAGACCCAAGCCUGAGAGAGCUGCAUAGGAACAGGGUGAGGGCAGCCAGGAUCCUGCCCAAGCUGUUUGUUCUUUCACACCUGCGCCGCAGCAGCAGUGGGGAGCAGAGCUCCACGCUGGGCCCUGGGAGCAGCAUAGGACAGACAGACACACAGACAGACUGCCCCAGGAGGGGAGGAAAUCUCCCACCUGCCCCAUUUCCAGGGGAAGCCACAGGCUCAGCAUCCUGCCUGGCGCUGGUUCCUCCUUCCCUGCCUGCUGCUCUCUGGCUUUUGAUCCUUCACCGCCUCAGAUGCGGUGCUGGAUACAGCCUUGUCCACCUGGACCCGGGGACAAGUGACACACCGCAGGUCACAGCAUUCCCUCUGCCAGGGGCAUUCCUUGGGGGCCGUGGGUGAGGACAAGCACAGGCACAGGCUGUGCCCAGGCUUUCUCUAACGAUGGGCUCUUGGGGAGCUCAGCGAUGGCAUUUCCCAGCCGGCACAAGAGCAGCAGCCCCCAGCAGCUCCAGUGGGGGCUUCCUGUGCCCCGCUGGCCCCCUCCAGCGAGGGUCCCUCGCAGGCAGGCGGCACAAAGCCCUUCCUGUCCUCUCAUUAAGUGAUGUCAGUGAUUAGCUGUAGCUGGGUGUCUUGUGCUUGUCUGUAGGACGAGGCGGCAGACAGAACCACACGCCCGGGGCGAGAAGGUCCCUGCACCCCCGCACCCCUCCAGCGGAGCCUUUGCAUGCUGGCGAGGGCACACUGUCCAUGCAGCCCCUUGUGCCAGUGCCCGUGCCACCCAGGAGUCCCCAGUGACUUCGUUCUGACUCACAGGAGGGGAUUUAAUCCCCCCCAGGACGCAGCUCUGCCAGGGGUAAUGCCCCAGCGGGCAGGCAUCGCCCCGCAGCCCUGCGUUAGGAUCAGCCCACGCGGAGCGGGGUGGGCAGGGCAGUGGGCAGGGGCAGGGGCAGGACCUGGCCACCUACCUUGCCGGUGGAGGCCCGGGCGGGCCGGGGGCGUGUGGCAGUGCCGCGGCGUCUGUGGCGUGUGCGUGGUGGUGUCCGGCGCCGUACCCGUGGACUCUGCAAACUCCUCAAUAAAGGAACUCAUCGUUU